AUGUCGUUUCUCGAGCGUCAAACGACGCGAAUCACCGGUACCGAACAUGACGCCCGCCGGCGCAGCGUCCUCAAUCCCUCGUCUUCGAAUAAGGUGCCCAAUGCGAAGAAACCACGCACGCGACCUCCGGUGUCGAUACGCGAUCAUCUCCCAUACCCGAACUCGACCCUCUCCCCCGCUUCAGGGCCAUACUCUAUAGGGAGUAUGGAGAUAGAAGUCCCCGUCGAGGACCCCCGACCAAUCUCAAACAUAAAACGCAAGGGCCGGCACCUUCUGCAAUUGGAGACUGUUUUAUUCACACUAUACUACCCUGCUUCAUUUGGAAGUGGAAACGGAAACGCUCCAGGUGGGGAGAAGAAAUGGAGUCGAGAGACAUGGCUUCCAAGACCACGCAUGGAAACGGCGAAGGGUUAUGCGCGUUUUGCUGGCAUACCGGGCUCCAUAAGCAUUGGGAUCUUUGGCGCGACCACCAUGCUCACGAAGUUGCGUGGUUAUAGGAACGCACCUCCUGCGACUCAUUGGCCUCCGGAAGACAACAUGAAGAAGAACGGUUAUAAAAUUAAGAACCAACAGGGCAAUCCGCCCGAGGGCAUGAGUAGGGAACCAACCUUCCCUCUGCUGAUGUUCAGUCAUGGUCUUGGGGGCUCUAGAACUGCAUAUAGCAGCCUAUGUUCUGAAUUCGCGAGCUAUGGCUUCGUCGUUUGCGCGGUGGAGCAUAGGGAUGGGAGUGGACCCCGGACCUUCAUCAAUCACAAGAAGCGAGGGAAGCGGAGGAAGGAUCCCCAGGGAGGAGGCAAGGCGAACCAUAGUGAUUGCGAUGGGGAUGAAGAGGAUGAUGAAGACUUCGAGAAGUUUCGGCACUUGGACCACACUGAAGAGGAGAUUGCGCAAGGCUAUCACCAUGUCGACUAUAUCUUUCCUAAAGACAACCCGAUGGACACCGCACCGAAUAACGAGCACGGCGUCGACGGUGAACUCCGAAGUGCGCAGAUUGAGAUGCGUCUCUGCGAGCUCGAGGAAGCCUACCGUGUGCUCAAGACCAUAUGUGCCGGUGACGGAGAAGAGAUCGCACGGCAGAAUCUACGAGGCGAAGGUUACGUUGGCGGCUCUUCUAGAGGCCUAGGUGGCAUCGAUUGGGCGCAAUGGAAAAAUCGCUUUCACAUAGAUAAGAUGACAAUGGCUGGGCACAGUUUCGGAGCAGCAACUGUAGUAGAAGUGCUCAGACAUACAGAACGGUUCACUAACGUGCAAGCUGGAAUCAUCUACGAUAUCUGGGGUGCGCCUGUAAAGCCACCAGUGGAUGACCCGAAGCACCGAAUACACCUCCCACUGCUGGGAAUCGCCAGCGAAGCGUUCAUGUACUGGCAGAAGAACUGGGACGCAUCCAUGUCUCUAAUGAAAGAGGCCAGCGAACAUGGCGCCCCGGCGUACCUCCUGACCGUCCGGGGCUCUAUACACAUCAACCAAAGCGACUUUUCGAUCUUGUAUAAGCAUGUUUCAUCGUUGUUCAUGAAGGCGACUGUUCAUCCUCAGAGAGCUAUUGACCUCAACGUCAGUACAAGUCUCGAGUUUCUUCGGUUAGUAACGCCGGAUUCUGGAGGUGGAAAGUCUAUCAUCAGUCGAUGUAUGACAGAUGAGAAGAUAUUGGAAACACCUCUCACAGAAGACAUACCCAACGACCACCGACCUGACGACCAAUGGAUAGCCGCUCGUCUACGAGUAGACAAUGAGUUCAGAAAAAGAUUGGCUGCUGGCCUGCAAAGGAAGUUUAGGCGGAAUUUCCAGGGCGGCAUGGGCACUGGAUACACUACUUCAGACGAAAUGUGGUGCUUCUACAAGCCUUCUGAUAAAAAUCUGCAAACAUGGAUCAACGCAGAAGACAGGGGAGAGAAGCGCAUAGACGAAGACCGCGCUACCGCAUCAACUGAGGAGAUUCAGAAUAGUGACCAUGCAGCUACCCAUGCGCUUAAAUCUACCUCGCCCACCCAGGGCGAUGCCAAGACGAACGAAAGCACACUACCAAACAACGACGGUGAGAACGCGAAGGAUGACCCCAGCCAGCAAACAGAACAUGGGGUUCGGGACAGAUAUGAUGAUGCUGAGAAGGACACUCUGGGGAAGUGUGGCGAAACGGAGGCAUUGACCGCUGCAGACCAGGGUGAAGAUACACUGUCAAGUAAUUGGUUGGGUGUGCUUCCCAAGCUUAGAAACGGACCGCGUCAGGCGUCAGCGUAG